UCACCAUUUUUCUCAUAUCUCUUUUCUUCUGAGGCGGGCUCAUCUCUUACUGCCCUCCCCCUUUCCUUUAUUUUGCUGUCCUCCCUUUAGAAAACAGUAGGGAAAAAAUGGCCGCCACAGAUGUUGAAUACCGAUGCUUCGUCGGUGGGUUGGCUUGGGCCACCACCGACCAAACUCUCGGAGACGCUUUCUCUCAGUACGGCGAAAUCAUCGAAUCGAAGAUCAUUAACGAUCGCGAGACUGGGAGAUCCAGGGGAUUCGGGUUCGUGACCUUCAGGGAUGAGCAAGCCAUGAGGGAUGCGAUUGAGGCGAUGAACGGCCAGAAUCUCGACGGGCGUAACAUCACGGUCAACGAGGCUCAGUCACGCGGCAGCGGCGGGGGCGGAGGCGGAGGCGGAUUCCGCGGCCCACGCCGUGAGGGUGGAGGUGGUGGCUACGGAGGUGGCCGUCGCGAGGGAGGAUACGGCGGUGGAGGUGGCUACGGUGGUGGCCGUCGCGAAGGUGGUUAUGGAGGUGGUGACCGUGGCUACGGCGGCGGUGGCGGGUCUCGUUACUCCAGAGGCGGUGGUGCUUCAGACGGAAACUGGAGGAGUUAAAUUUUAGGAGCUUUUUAGGGGUGGGGGUGAUCUGUUCAAGGUGGUUGCGUUGAGUUGUCUUAGAUGUUUUCCUAGCUCCCUUUUCUGGGGGGUUGGGGUGGGGUGUUGUGUUGUGGGGCCUGGGUAGUGGUUGUUUGGAAUUUACGAUUAUGAUCUGUUGAAGUUGGUCUUGGUUAUGGUUGCUUUGUUACAGUGCGUACUUUUUUGACCGCUGGUUCGUUGGUUACGUUUUAUGUCAUUGUCCUCGUUGUGAAAAAAAAAUCGAAAUUUACGGAGUUCCGUGGAAUGAAGUAAAUCAAGGUUCAGAAUCACCAUGAUUUUUUUGUCUC